CAACAAGUCAAAAGCAACAAGGCAAAAGCAACAAAAGCAAAAGCAGCAAAAGUGAAACAAAAGCAAAAACAGCAAAAGCAAAAACAACAAACUGAAAAUAGUGAAGGCAACAAAAGCAAAAGUG